UCCCAGACGCCCGGCGCAGCGGGAGCGGCGGGGCGUGCCUGGCCUGCGGGACUCGACCGAGCGCAGUGGGGCGAAGCGGGGCCUGGAGCCGCCCGCAGUCAGGAGCAGCAAUGUCUGUGCAGGUGGCGGCUCCCGGAAGUGCAGGGCUGGGCCUAGAGCGCCUGAACCCUGAGGAGCUGGUACGGCAGACGCGGCAAGUGGUCCAGGGGCUGGAGGCGCUGCGGGCAGAGCACCGUGGCCUGGCUGGGCACCUGGCAGAGGCCCUGGCGGGACAGGGCCCAGCGACUGGCUUGGAGAUGCUGGAGGAAAAGCAGCAGGUGGUGAGCCACUCGCUGGAGGCCAUCGAGCUGGGGCUGGGCGAGGCCCAGGUGCUGCUGGCCUUGUCGGCACACGUGGGUGCACUGGAGGCAGAGAAGCAGCGGCUGCGCUCGCAGGCCCGGCGGCUGGCCCAGGAGAACGUGUGGCUGCGGGAGGAACUGGAGGAGACACAGCGGCGGCUUCGGGCCAGCGAGGAGGCCGUGGCCCAGUUGGAGGAGGAAAAGCGCCACCUGGAGUUCCUGGGGCAGCUGCGACAGUACGACCCGCCCACGGAGACCCAGCAGUCUGAGUCCCCGCCUCGCCGAGACAGCCUGGCCUCCUUGUUCCCCAGCGAGGAGGAGGAGAGGAAAGGUCCUGAGGCCGCAGGAGCAGCAGCAGCUCAGCAGGGUGGCUAUGAGAUCCCUGCCCGCCUUCGGACCCUGCAUAACCUCGUGAUCCAGUACGCGGGGCAGGGCCGGUAUGAGGUGGCGGUGCCCCUGUGCCGCCAGGCCUUGGAGGACCUGGAGCGCAGCUCGGGCCACUGCCACCCUGACGUGGCCACCAUGCUCAACAUCCUGGCGCUGGUGUACCGGGACCAGAACAAGUACAAAGAAGCCACAGACCUCCUCCAUGAUGCCCUGCAGAUCCGGGAGCAGACGCUGGGCCCUGAGCACCCUGCGGUGGCUGCCACGCUCAACAACUUGGCCGUCCUCUAUGGGAAGCGCGGGCGUUACCGGGAGGCAGAGCCCCUGUGCCAGCGCGCUUUGGAGAUCCGAGAGAAGGUCCUGGGUGCUGACCACCCCGAUGUGGCCAAGCAGCUCAACAACCUGGCCCUGCUGUGCCAGAACCAGGGCAAGUUUGAGGACGUGGAGCGGCACUACGCCCGGGCCCUGAGCAUCUAUGAGGCACUGGGCGGGCCCCAUGAUCCCAACGUGGCCAAGACCAAGAACAACCUGGCCUCAGCCUACCUGAAACAGAACAAGUACCAACAAGCAGAAGAGCUGUACAAAGAAAUCCUCCACAAGGAGGAUCUACCUGCCCCUCUCGGUGCCCCCAACACAGGCACAGCUGGUGACACAAAACAGGCCCUUCGCCGCAGCAGCUCCCUCUCUAAGAUCCGCGAGUCUAUCCGGCGAGGAAGUGAGAAGCUGGUCUCCCGCCUCCGAGGCGAGGGGGCGGCGGGGGCGGCCGGAAUGAAGAGAGCCAUGUCGCUCAACACACUGAAUGUGGAUGGCCCAAGGGCUCCUGGGACUCAGUUCCCCAGCUGGCACCUGGACAAGGCCCCUCGGACCCUCAGCGCCAGCACCCAGGACCUGAGUCCCCGCUAACAUCCAGUGACCUGUGUUGGCCUCAGCUUCUCGGGAACAGCGUGGGAGGCCUGGGCUGGUGGGGGACGGGGGGCGUCUAUCUCUUAGAUGCCCCCUGCCCUCUUCUGCGAUUAAAAGCUAUAGAUGUGACAGUGAG